AUGUCGUGGGCAGCAUCAGCGCCGCCCGGCAUCCAGCAGCCGGCAGCGGCCUACUACUCUCAACCAUCCAAUGCCGCAUACACUGCUGUCCCGCUCCGCCAGGGCUUCAGCCAAGCAUACCAAGCACAAACUCAGUAUUCCUACACCGCCCCUGCUAAUCCGCCCCCACCGGCAACCACCGUGCCCACUGCCACUGCUUCGGACCAGCAAUCACAGAAGAUUGAAUGGCCUCAGUCGGUUCGCGACUACGUGCAACGAACGUUUCAGAAGUCCAGCGAUAUCGUGGGCAUCUCCGGUGCAGAAGUCCAGGCGAAACUCAAGGAUGUCAUUAGGUACACCCAAGAUUGCGGAAUCAUGCACACCACCGACUGGAGCCAAAUGCCUUCGCCUCAACAGAUGAUUCAGGCAGAACGCCAGCAAGCCUUGAUGGCCUCGAUAAGUUCCCCGGCCGCUCCGGACCACACCGCCACCGCCAAAGCCAAAGUGAAUCCCAAGAAGCGAAAGUCUACUGAUCUCAACGAACCUGAUCAGCUCGGGUCGACUGUGCCGUGGCGUAGCACCAAGGACCUUUCCCUUGAAGAUCGGAUUAGCAAGCCCGCAACCGACAUGCGGUCUUUGAUGGACGGUCCCCUACCGGCCAAAAGUAAGUCCCAGAAAAAUGCCGAGAAACGGCAGCGCCGUGGGGAUGGCGGAUACCAAUCCUCCUACCGGUCUCCGAGCCCGCCGCCCCUGAAAGGUCCCAUUGUGGGUCUCAAUGAGAAACUCGAGAAGAAGUUCUUCCGCUUGACUGCUGCUCCAAAGGCCCAAGACGUCCGACCAGAGCGCAUCCUGCAUCAGACUCUGGACAUGCUGAAGAAGAAGUGGCGAAAGGAGGGCAACUACAAUUUUAUUUGCGACCAGUUCAAGUCUCUCCGUCAGGAUCUGACAGUGCAGCACAUUAGAAACGAGUUCACUGUUUCUGUCUACGAGAUCCAUGCCAGGAUUGCCCUGGAGAAGGGGGAUCUGGGUGAGUAUAACCAGUGCCAGACACAGCUGCGUGCUCUGUACAUGGCUGGUAUCAAAGGCAACUCGAUCGAGUUCAAGGCCUAUCGUAUCUUGUAUUUCAUCCACACUGCGAAUCGGACAGCGCUGAAUGACGCUAUUGCGGAUCUAACCACAGCAGAGAAGGAAGAGCAACCCGUCAAACAUGCUUUGAACGUCCGUUCGGCAUUGGCGCUGGGGAACUAUCACAAGUUCUUCCAGCUCUACCUCGACGUCCCGAACAUGGGAGCAUAUCUCAUGGAUAUGUUCGUCAAACGGGAACGACUUGCUGCACUGGCCAACAUGUGCAAAGCAUUUAAACCUGACCUGAAACUCCGUUACAUCACUGAAGAGCUUGCUUUCGAGUCUGACGCGGAAUCCGCGCAGUUCAUCAUCGAUUAUGACCAAGAUCUGCUCCUAGAAAGAGAAGACCACAUUGUCUUCUUGACUGGGAAAGCAGGCCAGCGUUUCGAAGAAGCCAGGGGUGAAGCCUUUCGUAGGGUUGACCUGAAAGGCCAGAUCUGA